AUGACAGUGUCUCCAAAACUAAAGCAUGUAACCACUUAUGACACAAUCAUUGAUGACACAACCAUUGAUGACACAACCACUGAUGACACAACCACUGAGGACACAACCAUUGAUGACACAACCAUUGAUGACACAACCUCUGAUGACACAACCAUUGAUGACACAACCAUUGAUGACACAACCACUGAUGACACAACCAUUGAUUACACAACCUCUGAUGACACAACCACUGAUGACACAACCAUUGAUGACACAACUAUUGAGGACACAACCAUUGAUGACACAACCAUUGAUGACACAACCUCUGAUGACACAACCAUUGAUGACACAACCAUUGAUGACACAACUAUUGAGGACACAACCAAUGAUGACACAACCACGACAUCACAACUACUGAUGACACAACCAAUAACAACACAACCAUUGACAACCAAUAACAACACAACCAUUGACAACACAACCACUAACAACCACUGGUCAGUAGCGACCCCAUCCACUGUCAUAAAAACAUAA